AUGAUUGGCAUUAAGAACGCCGUGUUGCUCUCUAUCGCUGCUCUUGCUCAGAUCGGCAGCAGCUCGCCAACAGGCCAAGCUGAGCCUCCCAUCCCAGAGCUUGCCCGUCGUGCGCCCAACACUAUAUGGAUAUGGGCUGGCCCGAACUAUACCGGCCCAAGCCAAAGCCUCACUUAUAAUACCGUCAAUGAAUGCCAUGCAAUUAACUGGGAUACCAUUGGAUCUAUCUGGUUGCCCGAUAACGUUGUCUGCUCAUUCACCGUAAAGCCCGGUGACUGCCAAGAUGAUGUCGGCAACUUCCGAUCCCAAACAAUAUUCCCUUCAGGCCUGGCAGAUAUCCGCCAGUGGUACGAACCAAGGAAAGCCGAUUUCCCGGGUUACUGGUUCCACAACGCCCGGUCAAUCCAAUGCGGUGGAGCGAACUUUUAA